GCUCUGCCAGUGCCAUGUGUGGCGAGCUACUUUCCAGAACAACAUACCGUACCAACAAUUUACCAUUUCUUUCUCUUUAGAAUUUUAUCAGUUACCAAUUUCCCACAUUUUCUUUCUUCUCGCUCAAUUCAUUUUUUAUAUUUCUUUCCAUUCUUCAAAAAAUCCAGCUUUUGUGGUCUGUCUUUGGUUUUGAAGCUUAAUUUUGUUUUUAUCCUUUUCUUCACCACACUAACUCUAUAGUCAGCCGCAAAUUCCAUGCAGUCUUAAAUUUUGAGUCUUUUAAUUUGUUUUUGGGCAUUUCCAUGUGAGAUUUGAGAUGGGUAGUUCAAGAAGCAGCAGUUGGUGCUAAAAUGGUUCUUGAUGAAGCAAAAUGCAACUCUGCAGAUCUGCUGCUAUGAGAAACAACUACAUAAGACUUGUAUUUUUCGCACUACAACUGCUCUGUUAUGUUUCUUUGGUUUCUAGUGACACAGAUCCCAAUGACUUAGCUAUUCUCAAAGCGUUUAGAGAUGGGUUAGAGAAUCCAGCGCUCUUGGAGUGGCCUGCAAAUGGCGAUGAUCCAUGUGGUCAAUCUUGGAAACAUGUUUACUGUUCUGGUUCAAGGGUUUCUCAGAUUCAAGUUCAAAAUAUGAGCUUGAAGGGUCCUUUGCCUCAAAACCUGAACCAGCUUAUCAUGCUUGAAAAUUUAGGCCUUCAAAGGAAUCAAUUUACAGGGCCUUUACCAUCGUUUAAUGGGUUAUCAAAUCUAAAGUAUGCUUAUUUAGAUUAUAAUCAGUUUGAUUCUAUCCCAUCUGAUUUUUUUGAUGGUCUAGUGAAUUUGCAAGUCUUGGCAUUGGAUAAUAACCCUUUUAAUGCCACUACAGGGUGGACAUUUCCUGAUACGUUGCAGAAUUCUUCACAAUUAACAACUCUUUCUUGUAUGUACUGUAAUCUGGCUGGACCAUUGCCUGAUUUUUUAGGGAAUUUGUUUUCUUUGCAAAACCUGAGACUUUCAGGCAAUAAUUUAUCUGGUGAAAUCCCUCUUAGCUUUAGAGGUGGUAUGUCUCUGCAGAAUCUGUGGCUAAAUGAUCAAAAAGGCGGUGGCUUGAGUGGUACAAUUGAUUUGGUGGCAACAAUGGAAUCAGUAAGUGUUCUGUGGCUUCAUGGGAAUCAAUUCACAGGCAAAAUUCCAGAAAGCAUUGGUAGUUUGACUCUUUUGAAGGAUCUUAAUCUUAAUGGCAAUAAGCUUGUUGGAUUAAUUCCUUAUAGCUUGAUAAAUUUGCCUUUGGAGCAUUUAGAUUUGAAUAAUAAUCAAUUGAUGGGCCCAAUGCCAAAGUUUAAAGCAGCUAAGGUGUCUUGUACUCCAAAUCCUUUUUGUCAAUCCACUGCAGGGGUUCCUUGUGCCCCAGAAGUUAUGGCACUUAUAGAUUUCCUUGAUGGUUUGAAUUAUCCUCAACGACUUGUUUCUUCAUGGACUGGUAAUGAUCCAUGUUCAUCAUGGGUUGGAAUUACUUGUGAUUCUAGUAUGGUCUAUUCAAUUGCUUUGCCUAAUUUUAAUCUUAGUGGUACCUUGAGUCCUUCAGUUGCAAAUCUAGCUUCUCUUCAUCAAAUCAAACUUGGGGGUAACAAUCUUAGUGGUCAAGUUCCAACAAACUGGACUAACUUGACUUCCUUGAAAACUUUAGAUCUUAGCUAUAACAACCUUUACCCUCCAUUUCCAAAUUUCUCUAAUACUGUGAAUGUUGUUAUUACUGGGAAUCCUCUACUCAAUGGUGAUAAGUCCAAACCAGACAUCCCACCACCUAAUGAUAACAAUCCAUCUUCUGGAAGUUCAGAUUCACCGAAAACCCAAUCUCCAAAUACCAAAGGCACAGGUCCCAGACCCCGUGAGUCUUCUAUGGAAUCAAGAAAUGAGAAAGGUACUAAGAGGUCCACUUUUGUUGCAAUUGUAGCUCCUGUUGCAAGUGUUGCGGCUGUUGCUAUUUUGAUUAUUCCUUUAUCUAUUUACUAUUGUAAGAAGAGAAAAGACACUUACCAGGCUACAACUUCUUUAGUUAUCCACCCAAGAGAUCCAUCUGAUUCAGAUAACGUGGUUAAGAUUGCUGUUGCUAAUCACACCAAUGGAAGUACUUCUACCAUAACAGGGAGUGGUUCUGCAAGCAGAAAUAGUAGUGGUUUUGGUGAUUCUCAUGUCAUUGAAGCAGGAAAUCUGGUUAUAUCAGUUCAAGUUCUUCGAAAUGUUACAAAGAAUUUUGCCCCGGAGAAUGAGCUUGGCCGUGGUGGGUUUGGAGUGGUUUAUAAAGGAGAAUUGGAUGAUGGAACAAAAAUAGCAGUAAAAAGAAUGGAGGCUGGUAUUAUAAGCACCAAAGCCUUGGAUGAAUUUCAAUCUGAGAUUGCUGUUCUUUCAAAGGUUCGACAUCGUCAUUUAGUAUCACUUUUGGGUUAUUCAAUUGAAGGAAAUGAGAGAAUUCUAGUAUAUGAGUAUAUGCCUCAGGGAGCUCUAAGUAAGCAUCUUUUCCACUGGAAAAGCCUGAAAUUGGAACCUCUUUCUUGGAAGAGGAGGUUAAAUAUUGCAUUGGAUGUUGCUAGAGGAAUGGAGUAUCUUCAUAAUUUAGCUCACAGAAGCUUCAUACACAGAGAUCUCAAAUCAUCAAAUAUCUUGCUUGGUGAUGAUUUCAGGGCAAAAGUUUCAGAUUUUGGAUUGGUAAAACUUGCUCCUGAUGGGGAGAAAUCUGUGGUAACUAGGCUUGCUGGAACUUUUGGAUACUUGGCUCCAGAAUAUGCUGUGACUGGAAAAAUCACAACCAAGGCCGAUGUCUUUAGUUUUGGAGUUGUGUUAAUGGAGCUGUUGACUGGGUUGAUGGCACUCGAUGAGGACCGGCCAGAGGAGAGCCAGUACUUGGCUGCAUGGUUUUGGCGUAUUAAAUCUGAUGAGCAGAAACUGAGGGCUGCCAUUGACCCUGCCCUUGAUGUGAAAGAUGAAAAAUUUCAGAGUAUCUCCACUAUAGUUGAACUUGCUGGGCAUUGCACAGCUAGAGAACCAAGUCAAAGGCCAGAUAUGAGCCAUGCUGUGAAUGUAUUAGCCCCACUUGUCGAAAAAUGGAAACCUUUGGAUGAUGACACAGAAGAGUAUUGUGGUAUUGAUUAUAGCCUCCCACUUAAUCAGAUGGUGAAGGGCUGGCAGGAAGCAGAAGGAAAAGACUUCAGUUAUGUGGACCUAGAAGACAGCAAGAGUAGCAUACCGGCAAGGCCAACUGGCUUUGCAGAGUCUUUUACUUCUGCAGAUGGUCGUUAAAAGAGGUUUGCUGUUGCCUUUCUUCAACAAAAAUUCUUUUUUCUAGCUGUAGAUAUUAUGCUGUGUUGUUUCUGUGUUAGAAUUCAUUGUCAAUAUAUAGUGUCGUACUGUCAAUGCUAUUAUGAUGUAUUGUGCAUUCCAAAUGUUUAAGAGGUCUCAUGCAGGCUUUGAAUUUUUAGAGGUGAGAUUUUAAAUGCUAUUGGUAAUGUAGAUAGAGAAGAAUGAUGAAUGCAGACUAUUUGUCAAUUAUUUCUUGAUUAUAUCCAUGAAUUUCAUUAAAAUAUGUUCAUUUUUA